UGCAACACUCUCGUCACCCUCGUCUGUUCGCUCGCGAGUAGCAAGUCGCCACACGCGCCGCAGCAGCUGCCUCGAAGACGCCGCCGCCGCCACUGGCUACCUCCUCCGUCCUCCCUAUUGAUUUUCUUAUCGCUCGAAGCCGGUCGUCGUCUCCUACAGUUCCGGCAAGAUGCCUCCGCGCCGCCGACCCUCCCCUGUCUCCGCAGCAUAGCGCCGCCGGAUCCGGCCGCCGCCUCCUAACCACUCGACUUCUCGUUGCCCCCGCUGCCUACUCCGCCCACCGCCUGCUUCCAGCCCGCGGCUCCGGCGGCGCCUCCACGCACCGCCGGUCAGCCGCCUCGCUGGCCUCCCGCUAAACCCGGGGAUCCACCCUCUCCCCAAAAUCCCCCUUCCCUAACCCCAACCCCACCUGAAACCUAAUCCGGCGCUCUUGCCGUUGUUGCACGGCCGCCAGAGUCAAGAAUCUCGCCGGAGCACGAAUCUCUGCCGGAUCCAAAGGAUAAAAAGGGAGGGAGGAAAUGUGACACUCAGUGUAUUGUACUCCAAACUGUAGUGGAAGCAUCCUUUUUGGUUUCACGAACCAUUUAAUGUCAAAAGAUUAAGGGAUAGAAGGCAAAUGGCAGAAACUGCAAUAUACCUAGCUCUCAGAAAAAUAGGAAUUGCCCUAGGACGAGAGAGAAGUGCUACUGCUUUGGAACAUGACCUUGAAGGAAGAUCAGCUUUGGAACAUGGCCUUGAAGGAGGAUCCUUUCUAAUUAGAUCUCUUACCAGAGUAAUAUCUGAGAUUAUUAAUAGUAAUGAUAUAUUAGUUCUUAGGCAAGCAGAACUUCAAGGUAGAUUGAGGCGAAUAGAAAGUGAACUUCGCAUGAUCCUUUGCUUCCUGGCUCAAAUAGAAACAAGAUAUGAUAACAAGCAAGUACUUCAAAGUUGGAUUGGGGAAGCACGGAAACUAGGAUGCCUUGUUGAACAAAUAAUGGACGAAUAUAUUGUCUAUAUUGUACAGAGCAAACAAUAUCGACUUACCAAGAGAGUACAGGUUAUACUGGCCUCACAUCGCUUCACUGCUCAGCUGAAAGAAAUUGAGGUGGAGCUGGAGCAUCUUUCCAAAAUGAAAAAACGAUGGGUUCAAGUGGACAAGGAAACCUCAUUAGCUUCUUCAUCAUCAAUGUUUGGUCCUCAUGUCAACAACAUAGAUACUAAGCGAUAUGCCGAAAGAAAGGAAGAACUGAUUGAAUCGCUAAAGAGUAAAGAUAUGACGAAAGAUGGAGCUCUUUCUGUGAUUGCAGUGUAUGGUCAGCCUGGGUCAGGGAAAACCCAUCUUGUUAAGGAUGUUUAUGCUAGUGAGAAGAAGUAUUUCAGUACUUCUGCGUGGAUUUCCAUUGCUCAAUGUCCCAAUGCUGACACUGAUGCUUUGAAAAGAAUGAUGAUGGAAGAACUAGGAAGGCAAGUUGGCACUUCCACUGAGAGUACCUCACUGAGAGUAAUGACGGAAAAUCAGGAUAGCAAGUUCCUGUUUGUAUUUGACGAUGUAUGGGUGCCAGACAUGGUUCACAAGGUACACCGUGCAGCUUCUGAUAAUAAAAUGGGCAGCCGGAUAAUCAUAAUCGCUCGGAUGCCAGAGGUUGCUUUUGUAAGAAGUGAAUCUUCAGUGGAGUCACAGUCCCAAACACCAUCUAGUUCGCUGGAACCUGUAAGACCCUCGGCGAGAGUCCCCAAGGAAUUCAUGAAGCUUACUUGUUUACAUCCUAAUGACAGUUUUGAUAUCUUCUGUACAAAGGCUUUUGGAAGACCAAGUGACUGCCCUAUAGAACUCCGUGAAGUAACUUUGAAGAUUAUUGGCUUGUGCAAUUUUCUUCCCCAAGCAAUUGUUUCUAUUGGAGCAUUGCUCAGCUCAAAGCAAAAAACAGAGUCAGUCUGGAGUGAAAUGGCUCAACAAAUUGAAGAUAUUCAAAAAAGCAAGUCAAGCCUGAACAAUGUGCAAAAAGUACUAUAUCUCAGUUACAAGAACCUUCCAAUGCAUCUCAAGAACUGCCUUUUGUAUUGUAGUACUUUUCCGGCUGGUUUUCUCCUGUUGCCUGAGAGUCUUGUCCGGUUAUGGGCUGCAGAGGGUUUCAUCGAGAACCAGGGAUCAUUGCAAGUGGAGGAAAUUGGUGAGCGCUAUAUAAAGGAGCUAAUCCACUGGGGAUUUCUGCAGGUUGUAGAUGUGGACGAACAAGGUAGAGUAGCAAGUUGCAGGAUGCCUAUUGUGGUGCAUGAGCUGGCUGUAUCUAUCUCUCAAAAGGAAGAAUUUGGAGCUAUCUGCCAUGGUGGUAAACUAGCAGAGAUGGAUACCAAUGUCCGCUGCCUAUUUAUCUCGGAAAACCCUGAAGAUAUUGGUGCAUUAGUAGAUUUUCCGUACCUUCGGACUCUUAUGGCCAGCAGAAAUGCUGCUGCAAAUUUGAAGUCCUUACCGGCAUCACUGACAGCCAAACUUAAGUAUCUUACUGUUCUGAAACUGCAAGAAUCUCCACUUGAAGAAUUGCCCAGAGGUAUUGGCUACCAGCUGUUUAAUUUGCGAUAUCUUGGCUUGCGAAAAUCACAAAUACGAUGCCUUCCAUCUUCCAUGGCCAAUCUCUACAACCUGCAAACUUUGGACCUCAGGGGGAGCAGAAUAAAUGAACUGCCAAGUUGGAUAGGCAAACUCAUAAGAUUGAGGCAUCUUUCUGCUGACACAUUGGAUGGCCAAGGCCCAGACAUAUACCGAGCUGUGAAAGCCCCGAAAACUGUGAACUACCUGAAAGAAUUGCGGACUCUCGAGACAGUGCAGGCAAGUGAUACCUUUGAGAAGCAUGUGGAGAAGCUGACCCAGUUAACUACUCUAUCUGUUGUUAUUGGAGAAGGCCGAUCCAGCAAAACAUUGUUUUCUUCAUUGUCGAAGCUUUCCUGUCUUUCUAGUUUGCAUGUCAGUGCAAGUCGUGUGGACGAGGAGUCUCUUGACUUUGAAACCCUGAAUCCUACUAGUCUUGAAAAACUUGUUAUCAGGGGCGGGUUGGCUGAGCAGACAUUCCAAUAUCCUAUUUUCAAAUCUAAACAGAUUAAAGUUCUGGAGUUAAGCUUGUGCAAGCUAAGGGAUGAUUCGCUCGUCCUACUAUCUACAAAUUUGUGUAACCUUGAAUCGCUCCGCCUCCAUAAUAUCAGUGGCAUCUCCAAGCUGGUAUUUCAAGCAAUUAACAGUUUUGCCAACUUGAGGACACUUUUACUACAUGAAAUUGAUGGAGUGGAUGAACUUGAGAUUCCAAAUGGUUCGUUGGGAAGUCUUCAAGUUCUCCAUGUGGUAAAAAUAAGUCAGCUGAACAGUAUCCAUGACCAGGAGAGAAUCAUAUCCGUCAGGGACCUAUACUUUCCACAGUUAUGGCUAUCCAGAGAGAAACGAAAUGCCAGCUAGUAGCAGCCAGCUGGACGCCCCAUGAGGCCAUGAUAUCACAGUUCACAGGCAUAAGCAUUACACAAGCUUGUCACAUCAUCAAGAAGGCAGGAGCUAGCACGGAUUCUAUUGCUACGAGCCUAUAUAAACUUUUACUGGUUUGUUAUUUGCAGACAUUCGGUCGAUCGUCGACUGUUUACUGGUUUGUUAUUUGCAGACAUUCGGUCGAUCGUCAAGUUGUCGCGUAUGUUAUUUCUUGCUUGUACUUUCACUUACCAUGGGAUAUCAUUUGUAUCAAAUAAUCGUAAUAACUUUGUGUUGUUUAAUUGUUUCUCAAUUUUCUUUCCUUUUUUUUUCUUUAGAAAAAAGCAAAGCCUUGCUUUGAAACUAGUUUACCGUCUUGUUUAGAAAGUUUAAGGUUACGAGAAUUUGUUGGUCGGUAGCCAGACUAUGAGAAUCUAAAAGGCUGGAUUUUUUUUUGCUUCUAACUUUUAUUUUCUGAAUUCUAUCUAAACUAUUUGGUGAAGCUGAAGAUUCUACAAUUACAAAUUCUUAGAAUCUAGGUGAUAAUCUAAA